AUGAGAACUUUGUGGUUGAUAUUAUCGAAGAAAUCAAAACUUUUCGCAUCUCAAGGAAGCUAUCUGGAAGAAAAUAAGAAUAACUUUGUUCAUUUUGACGCUAAUAAGCUGACUCUAUGGAAGGUUGAUAUUCCUAUCCUCACUGAAAACGAUAAACUGAAAAUACUUAAUGACAACACUGAGUCUUCCCAAAAAAUUGAUAUUGAACAAUAUCUCGGAGUUAUCUCAUUCUUUAUUCGAUUAAGAAAAAGAAAACUAGGAGAUUCAGACGAAGAAAACAGAAAUCGAGGCAAAAGGAAAGAGUAUCCUCCAGAAUCAAAAGAGGGUCGUGACAGUCUUCUUGUUAUUUCAGGUGAAAGACUGAAUAUGAUCACUAAAUUUGUGGAAAAGAACCGUGUUGUCUUUUGUGCAGUCCUCCAUCAUAAGGCAAGAUUACUCUCGGUCAGACGCACCGAGACUAUUUCAUUGAAUACAACCAUGCUAGUAUACAUUAGUGAUAAAGAACAAGUAGAUGAGAAACUUUUUGGAAGAAUGAGUAACUACGCUUUAUACUUUUGGAGUAAAGUGAAGGCACUUACAUCAAGCGAGAGCAACAAAAAUAUUCAUAUUCUUCUUCUCGGCGCAUACAAUCCAACACUUGCGAAUGAGGUGACACCCGUGAAAUUUAGUAACAGUGAUACUCUUAGUUUGAAAGCCCUACUUCUAACAAAGGAAGAGCUCAAUUAUGGAGCUUUAACAGUGGAAAUGAUGCGGUAUCUUGUUUUAUCAAAUCCACGAAGUAAUAUAAUAAUAGGUUCACAUGCUUUUUACUGGAUCGAUAACUGGAAUCCAAUCACAGAAGAAGCUGACUUUAUUCACAAUAAGCUACUUAUCAGUCGAGUUAGAAGUUUCUUUCCUGACUCAGAUCCUAUUGCCAAGAAUUUUGUUAGGACAAGUCUCUUCGCAGUGGAUUCUGGACAAAUACGAUUCACCGCUCCCAUCAUGCGAAUUGUUCUGAGCCACCACCUAUUCACCACCUCUUGUGUGAAAUCAUCUACAUAUACAACAAACUUUGGUGAGUUUUUGACUCGAACCAUUGAGCGCUUUAACCCAUUUAGGUUGUCUGAAUCAUUUGGAAGAGGAUCUGAUGCUAAUUCACAUUUAUUUGAAAGAAGUUGUCAAAUGGAAUGGUAUCGAACUGCUACAACUGUAGUUCCAGUGGGUACAUCAAUAAGCACUGAUGUUAGUCCUGUAUUUGGAUCAGAUAGAUUUCUAUAUUUUUAUGUUAAUGGAGAACUUUGCUGGGAAAUUGAGCUAACACGCGAGGGUGAUCGUUUGAAGGAGCAUGCAGAACGAUUAGAACAAGAUGGCGAGUAUGCCGACAUUCCAUUGAAAGAUUGGGCCAUCAUUGACUUCCGAUAUCAUACAAAACCAGUAAGGGAUUUAAAAUCAAACUUCUGGUACAUAGAUAAUUAA